CGCCAAGGCCACCUCUUCUUGACUUUUCUUUUUUAAUGAAAAGUGUUAUUUUCAGGCCACAUGCAGCAGUGGAUUGUAUAAACCAGUAUUUCAUCCCUUUCUUGAUUCUGCGAGAGAGAGAGAGAGGUGUUCUCCGUUUUGUUUUUGUUUCCAAAUUGCCGUUAUUGACUUUUUAUUUUCUUUUUUUAAUGGGAAAGACGAACCCCGCGUUGACCUUGACCGAAUGCAUUUUGCACAUGCGUGAAGCCUGUUUCUGCAGCGGGCCCUCCUGCAAGGGGGACCCUGUCACACCCACGUCCCCCAGCCCGGCCCGCCCCCAGGCCCUGCGCUGGUCUGUGACAGCUGCCGGUGCGCAGACUAACCGCAAAGGGAGCUGGGAGAAGGGCGGGAAGGGGUCCACAGGAUGGGACAUAAGCAGCAGCAUUAGCCCUCUGGGCUCAGCCCCUGAGGGCCUGGGCCGGGCCUUUCUCUACACACCCACUACUCUGUCUCUUUUUCUGUUUGUUGGUAACAGUGAGGCCCAGUGGCCGGGGGGACCUCAGGCGGUGUGCCCCGCUCUGCCUCCAGGUGUCAGUCCCCCUCCCCCCGGCUGUUGCUCUGGGUCAGCUGCCACUCCCAGCCCUUUGUCCAGUGAGGCCUGCUCAGCGCUCACCUUGCCCAUGCCUUCUGCGACCAGGAACCUUGUCCCCAUCCCAUUUCCGUCCCGACAGGCGCAGAGGGGCGGGGGAGGGUGGACAGUGAAAGGGGUGGAGGGUUCUGUCCACCCCCAGUCUCCACAGAACAAAGCCACGGAUUCCAUUCGCCUCCGGUUCUGUUCCUUCUCCAGCCUCAGUUCCACCGGGAGUCGGGACCGCGGGGGGCCAGGCGGGGAGCGGGCGGCCGCGCCCAUGGCCCCUCUGCCCACGCAUCUUACCUCGGGGUUGUUUUCAGGGAUUCUUCACGGCAGCCACAGUCGAGAAAUUGACAAAAAGGUUCCAUGCUGUACAUGGUUCUCUUUCUCUCUCUUUUACUUUUAAAAAGAAAAACCCAGAAAGAUGCAUCAGUUUGUGUAAGUUGAGAGUAUGCCAAGAAGGGCCAGUUUUGCUUUAUGACCUUAUGAAGGAAAAUUUGUGACCCUGCAUAUAUGUACACACACACACACAUCCCGGCCAGCGACGGGACUUUGUUUAUAUUGCAAAUAAAUAUUAUUUUUUCUUUAAAA